AUGGCGUCGCUGAAGAGAAAACGAGAUUUAGGUCCAAGAAACUCGUUCAGGGCUUCGAGUGCUCAGCGACGAUUUGCAACGGAUCCUGUCAAUCCAAUUCGAUUGCGACCAAUUAAUCCUGAUACUUUCAACGUCACUACAGGAUUGGAGCACGUACCGACUCACGGGUGGUGUGGCGUACCUUCUGCAAUAAAUGAAGAUGAACACGGUAUUGACGACUCGGGAGAGGUUGUCAUGGCCGUCGACAUCAAGGAGAAAGGCACAGUCGGCUGUUGCUUCUACAUUGCUCGUGAAGAGAGGCUCGGCAUUCUCGGUGAUGUUCAAUUUGGUGAAGAAAAUCUGAUUGAUAUCUUGAAACUCGAAAUCAACCCGACUACCAUAUUGACCUCGACUCGAGCAGAGGAAGCUACAAUGGCUGAUGUACAAAGCUCAGAUGAUGCGCUUCGUCUCCCUUAUCGCAUAGACGUACGGCCGAUCCAAGAGUACAGUGUCAACGACGCAAAGGUAAAGUUGGCCGAGUUGGAGAUCUUCCACCAAGAGGCAGACCUUGCACAAUUCCUCGUGCCUGGAGACGGACUUACUCAACAAGCCGAGGAAAUGAUCGCCGAGAAUGCAGGAUUCUCUUUCGAAAAAGGAAAACUCCUUCGACUAGGGGGAAUAUUUGCUACACAUACCUUAGACCUCCAGGAGGCAAUUCGUGAGACACAUUGGCAGGAUAUGGUUUCGUUACGUGAAAGGGUAGAUAUCGAGGAAUCGCAAGAGCAACAGAGAACAGUCAUCAAACAAGGCGUGGACCGUGACUUAGACCUCCUCAAAGACAGAUACAAUGGUCUCGACGGUUUAUUGAAACAAGUCGCCAUCGAUGUUGCUUCCACCAUUCCCGCAAGUCUCCAGAUUGAAGUCAAUGUGAUCUACUUCCCGCAAUUAGGCUUCAAUAUCGCCAUCCCUUUUGACGAUACAGGACGUGCAGCGUAUACGGGAAGUUGUGGAACGUGGGAGCAGGUUUUCACAACCGAAAAUAGAGCAUAUUUCAAGGACGAAAGAAUGAGGGAGUUGGACGAAAAGCUUGGUGAUAUCUACGGUCUUGUUUGUGAAAGAGAAAUAGAGAUUGCCCACGAGAUAGCCCAAAGUGUUUUGAAGUUCGAGGAGAUGCUUUCGGCGUGCUCAGACCUCUGUGGAGAGCUAGAUUGUUACCUUGCGAUGGCUAAAACUGCAGAAGUUUACAAAUUCGCUCGACCUCAAAUGUCCACGGAGAACGUGAUUCGAGUCGAAGGUGGACGGCAUCCUCUUCAGGAGCUUACUGUAGCUUCAUAUAUUUCUAACGACGUCAAUUUAUGCGGUGGCUAUGGUGCUUCUGAUCGCCGACAUUCGAACGGCCCGAGCAUGUUGCUGUUAACAGGGCCAAACUUCUCCGGAAAGAGUAUAUACAUGAAGCAGGUUGCCUUGAUAGUGUAUCUGGCUCACAUCGGAAGUUAUGUUCCUGCUCAAGCUGCAGAGAUAGGGAUUACUGACAAGAUCUUGACUCGUAUCAGUACUCCAGAAACUGUAUCGAAGAUCCAGAGCACAUUUAUGCUGGACUUGCAGCAGAUUUCACUGCUCCUAAAGUUCUCUACACGAAAAAGCUUGAUUAUUAUUGACGAGUUUGGGAAAGGCACUGAUCUGAAUGAUGGGGCUGGUUUAGCCUGCGGUAUCUUCGAGUACCUUUUAAGCCUUGGUGACGAAAGGCCGAAAGUUCUUGCUGCCACCCAUUUUCAUGAGAUAUUCGAGAAUGGAUUCUUACCAGAGAGACAACCUCUAACCUUUGGACACAUGGAAGUCAGAGUUGAUGAGGAACUUGCCAACGCCAGAGAGCAGAUCACCUAUCUCUACAAUUUCAAGUUAGGACGCAGUAAUAAGAGCUUCGGAAUACUGUGCGCUGCUAUGAACGGCGUCGAUGAAGCUAUCGUUGCAAGGGCAAACGAGUUGGUGUCACUCUCGGCCCGAGGACAAGACCUCGUCGCAGCUUGUGCCAGAAUUUCCAAGACAGAGGAGGCAAUCUUAGAGAAAGCGGAGUCGAUUGCCCGCAGAUUCUUGAACAUGGACCUAUCGACGAAAAUGGGAAGAGAUAUCAAGCAGGUUCUGGCUGAUUUGCUAGCGGAUGGAGCAGUUAUUGUCUGA